AUGGAUUUAUUGCCGUUAAAUUUCUACGUUCUUCGUUUCUGCGGAGUAUGGGAGGAGCGGAAGGAGAGCAACUUGAUAUUACGCCUCGUUAGCUUUUGUUACAGGUACACCGUCGUCAUUUUAAUAUAUCACUUCACGGUAUCCGAGAUAAUCGAGCUCGUACGUAUAAGAAACAACAUCGAGGAAUUAACGGAAUGUCUGUUCCUCGCCCUAACUUACCUGAGCCUGUGCCUGAAGUAUCUAAACUUUUUGGUGCGGCAGUUCGAAGUGCGUGCUUUGCUAGACUGCUUUCGCGCCAAGUCGUCGAUGCGCCUGGCAGAAUCUUUAAUUAGCUGUUUUUCAAACUCCAUUUUUGCCAUGAUGUACACUGUGAACGAAGCUAAGCGCAUCAUCUGGUUCUACAUGAUCUUGUGUCAAGUGACAGCCUUGUUUCUUCUCGUAAUGCCUCUUUUGGCUACAGACGAAAGACGUCUGCCGUUUAAAGUGUACAUGCCGUACUCCAUCGCGGCGCUGCUUCCUUACGUGUUGACUUAUCUCCAGCAAGUCGCGGCACUAAUUUACGGGGUAUUCUUGAACACGUCCUUCGACUGCCUCGUUUACGGCCUCAUUAUUCACACUUGCGGGCAAAUCGAGCUCAUGUGCCAUCGAAUGACGGAGACGUUCGCGUGCCUGCGGGAGGACAAGAUCGAGCCGAGGAAAAUCGACGCCAUCGAGAACCUCGCUAUCGCGGAAUGCGUGAACCAUCAUAUCUCAGUGCACAACAUAAUAUUCAAAAUACAGUCGCUGUUCGUGUGGACCAUCACUGUUUUGUUCUUGUUCAGCCUCGUCACUCUCUGUACCAGCAUUUACCAGAUGUCCAAAAAAGAGAUGUUCAGCCCUGAGUUCUUCACUUUCAUAAUGUACCUAGGAUCAAUGUCGUUUCAAGCAUUCUCUUAUUGCUGGUACGGUAAUGAGCUCGAUUUAAAGAAUAAAAGUGUCGCAAACGCAAUCUAUGUCAGCAACUGGACGGCAGUGUCGGCCAAGCAACGUAAAAGUUUGGUGCUCGUGAUGAUGAUGAGCCAGCGAGGAAGGAUACUUUCCUUCUAUGGGAUUUUCGGCAUGAUUCUCAACACCUUCACGUGGAUUUUAAAGACGUCCUACUCUGCAUUCAACUUGCUGCAACAAGCUUCGAGUUACAUCGACGAAUUAACGGAAGUUUUGUUCGUCACCCUAACUUACCUGAGCCUGUGUCUGAAGUAUCUGAACUUUUUGGUGCGACAGUUCGAAAUGCGUGCCUUGUUGGAUUGCUUUCGCGCCAAGGUAUGUCAACCAAGGAACAGCGCGGAAGAAUCAAUACUGAAGCAAUAUAAUCGCAAAGCUAAGCAGACCACUUGGUUCUUCCUCAUCAUAUGUCAAGUAACAGGCUUGUUUCUUCUCGCAAUGCCCCUCUGGGCUAUAGAAGAAAGACGUUUGCCACUUAAAGCGUACGUACCGUACUCCAUCGCGGCGUUGGGUCCUUACGUGUUGACUUAUCUCCAGCAAGUCGCGGUACUAAUUUACGGGAUAAUGUUGAACUCGACUUUCGAUUCCCUCGUUUACGGCCUCAUUAUUCAAACCUGCGGGCAAAUCGAGCUCAUGUGCCAUCGAAUGACGGAGACGUUCAUGUGUCUCCGCGAGAACAAGAUUGAACGGAGGGAAAUCGAUGUCAUCGAGAACCUCGCUAUCGCGGAAUGCGUGAGCCAUCAUAUCUCGGUGUACAACAUUAUAUACAAAAUUCAGUCGCUGUUCAUGUGGACCAUCGCUGUUCUCUUCUUAUUCAGCCUCGUCACUCUUUGCACCAGUAUCUACCAGAUGUCCAAAAAAGAGAUGUUCAGUCCUGAGUUCUUCACUUUUAUAGUGUAUCUAGGAUCAAUGUUGUUUGAAAUAUUGUUGUAUUGCUGGUACGGUAAUGAGCUCGACUUGAAGAUGAAAAGCGUCGCCUACGCAAUCUAUGUCAGUAACUGGAUGGCAGUGUCGGCCAAGCAACGUAAAAGUUUGAUGCUCGUGAUGUUGAUAAGCCAGCGAGGCAGGAUACUCUCCUUCUAUGGAUUUUCCGAUUUGAUCCUCAACACUUUCAUGUCGUUGCAGGAACUGAGUCUUUUUUCUAUGUACGCGUUCAUGGGUCAAUUGUAUUCCUCUCACAGAAUUUCCAUUUGCUUAUUAGUUUCUAUGACGAACAGGUAUGCUAUAGUGAUAUUAAUAUACGAGUUUACGAUAUCGGAAGUGAUUGAACUUGUGAGGACACGCGACCACAUUGAGGAUAUAACAGAGGGACUCUUCCUAACUUUAACUUAUGUAGCCUUGUGCUUUAAAUACGGAAACUUCUUGGCGCGGCGAGACGAAGUGUCUAUAUUGUUGAAUUGUUUUCGAAGCAAGACGUGCCAGCCGAAGAAUUUCGAGGAGCGGACGAUCCUGAUCAAAUAUGACCCCAAGUGGUGCGUUCGAACUUUCAUGAGCAUGUCUCAAGCUACCUGUUGGGCUCUCGUGUUCGCUCCUAUCGUGGGACCGCAGGACAGCGACAGACCGUUGCCCUUCAAGACGUACAUGCCGUACUCCAUAUUCGGUUGGUAUUUAUACUUGGCGACGUAUUUGCAGCACGUGGCCGCUAUAUUUUAUGGAGUCCUGCUCAACGUCUCCUUUGACUCCCUCGUUUAUGGCUUCACUCUUCACGCCUGCGGGCAAAUCGAGCUGUUGUGCCACCGUCUAUCGGAGAUCUUCAAGGAUUGCCUCGACGCGGAUCAGUAUCGGAUCAAAUCGAAUAGAGCGGCGGUGAUCGGGGAGUGCGUGAGGCAUCACUUGCGCGUGCACGAGCUCGUGCGCAGAAUACAGUCGUUGUUCGUGUGGACCGUGACGGUUUUAUUCAUUUUCAGCAUGGUCACCCUGUGCACCAGUAUUUUCCAGAUGUCCAAGAAGAAGCUUCUCAGCGUCGGAUUUCUCUCGUUGGUUUUGUAUCUCGGAUGCAUGCUCUAUCAAGUAUUCUUCUACUGCUGGUACGGAAACGAGCUGCGACUAAAGAGCAAAAGAAUCGCGAACGCCAUUUAUUUUAGCAAUUGGACAAUGGCGACACCGCAAGAACGCAGAUCUUUGGUGCUCAUUAUGAUAAACAGUCAGAAAGGGUUCGUGUUGUCUUAUCACGGGAUAUUCUCACUGUGUCUGGACACUUUUACUUGGAUUUUUAAUACAUCUUACUCGGCUUUCAAUCUUCUGCAACAGGCGUCGAAUUAGUCAAUAUUCGUGUCUAUCAUAAAAGAGAAAUAUGAUAUUUUUUUGUAGUUAUAUAU